GUUCCGGAAGCUUCAUCGAAGGAAUUUCUCGCACCCGAUGGGAGGACUUCUUGAAUUUGACGCGCAAAGGCUGGCGAGACAAUUCCCUGACCACUCAGACCAACAACCUCCCGGGCCAAGCGGCUGGCUUUCUGCAGCGCUGUUCGCAGACCUUCCGUGACGUGCUGGAGUACUCCCUGGCCUGCGAGGGAGGGGCGGAAAGCUUUGCCGCGGCCGGACUGGAACAGCUGUUGCGAUUGGCUCUCCAACUGCAACGGCCAGAGGCAGAUCGUGCGGCUGAGAGCCUCUUCUUCUUUGCGUCUGAGGUGUUUCACGAAGCGGAGAGCGAGAUGGUGCUGGCCAGAGGUGCGAGUUGCCUAAGAGCGCUGGUGCGGACAGCAAAAACUUCUGCAGCUCCCAGUUGGUCGACAAAGCACAUCCACUUGUUGGUCUACUUAACUG